CAGAGAGAUAGAUAAGUGGGAAAAUAGAUGAAUGGAAAAAUUUCUAAACUAGGAAGACUAGCUUGAUAUCCACGCAUUGGGAAGUGGUGGGGAAACAAAUCUGGGCUUGGAACAGAGCUGCUAGGGAUUUAGAAGCAGCUGUGGUGCUCAGGAAGCUGGGAGGAGAGGGUAAGAAGCAGGACUCUCCCCUGGUAGAGGGGAAGCCCAUGUGAAGGGACAGAGAAAAAGAACAAAACAGCACUAGGCUGAAGACCCUACCCUGAACCCAACCCCAGCCUAGGUAGAACCUAGCAGGGGACGUAGGGCCUACAGAAGAGCCAGGCCCGGUAGCCUUGGGAUCUGAACCCUCAGCCAGUCAUGCUUACCCUAGAAAGUAGAUUUCCCAAGAGGCCACCACUCUGAGCUCAUGGAGGUGACUGUUGGCCACAUGGGGGUCUCGGAAGAAGUAGGUGUGGUUGAGCUAGGGGCUAGAGAGCCUUGGCAGGGCCCAGGGUAUGGGACAGCAGAGGCCUCCUGGUGAUAGAACUCCCUUUUUUCCCUCCCAGCCUCAGCUUCCUCUGGGCAGGGGCCUGGCCCCCAUGGCCUCCCAGGCCAGCCCCUUGAGCACCACCUGCCCCAGCCGGCCAGAGACUUCCUGUAGCGCAAGAGAUUUAUGCAAACGGGCUGGGGCGGUGAUGUCACCCCAAGGGGACUAUCUCCCAGCGGCAGGCCCUUCGAUAAAAUCAGGAACUUGCGCUGGCCCUGCAAUGUCAAGGGAGGGGGCUCAACCAGGGCUCCUGUAGCUCAGGGGGCAGGCCUGAGCCCUGCGUCCGCCCCACGACUGUCCAGCCCCUCGACGGGGCACCCCGUCCUGAGGGGCUCCGCACUGGCCCCCACCGAGGCAGGGGAUCUGACUGGCUUGGAGUUCGGCUGGAUGUUACAGGCGUGCAAAAUGGAAGGGUUUCCCCUCGUCCCCCCUCAGCCAACAGAAGACCUGGUUCCCUAUGACACAGAUCUGUACCAACGCCAGACACAUGAAUACUACCCCUAUCUCAGCAGCGAUGGAGAAAGUCAUAGUGACCAUUUCUGGGAAUUCCACCCACAGAACGUGCACAAUGAGUUCGAGAGCUUUGCUGAGAACCACUUCACGGAGCUGCAGAGUGUGCAGCCCCCCCAGCUGCAGCAGCUCUAUCGCCACAUGGAGCUGGAGCAGAUGCAUGUCCUCGACACCCCCAUGGUGCCACCCCACACCACCCUGGUUCACCAGGUCUCCUACCUGCCCCGGAUGUGCCUCCCUUACCCAUCCCUGUCCCCAGCCCAGCCCAGCUCGGAUGAGGAAGAGGGUGAGCGGCAGAGCCCCCCACUGGAGGUGUCCGAUGGAGAGGCCGACGGGCUAGAGCCGGGGCCCGGCCUCCUGCAUGGGGAGACAGGCAGCAAGAAGAAGAUCCGUCUGUACCAGUUCCUGCUGGAUCUGCUGCGCAGCGGCGACAUGAAGGACAGCAUCUGGUGGGUGGACAAGGACAAGGGCACCUUCCAGUUCUCGUCCAAGCACAAGGAGGCGCUGGCGCACCGCUGGGGCAUCCAGAAGGGCAACCGCAAGAAGAUGACUUACCAGAAGAUGGCGCGCGCGCUGCGCAACUACGGGAAGACGGGCGAGGUGAAGAAGGUGAAGAAGAAGCUCACCUACCAGUUCAGCGGCGAGGUGCUGGGCCGCGGGGGCCUGGCCGAGCGGCGCCACCCGCCCCACUGAGCCGCCCGCAGAGCCCGCCAGGCCCCCAGGCCCCCCGCCGGCCAUAGCAUUAACCCCUCGCCCGGCCCGGACACAGGGAGGACGCUCCCAGGGGCCAGAGGCAGGACUGCGGGGCCCGCCCUCAUGUCACUGUCCCCUUCCUUCCAAGCCCCUGCCCUCCACCGCUUUGCCUUCCACCAGGACUCCAGCCCCGGCCAGAAGGCCACCCGGGCGUCGGACCCACCCAGGGUCAGCCUUGCUUCAUGACCACGGUGCUUCCUUGGGAGUCUGAGGUCGUAGCAUCUUUGUAAAUUGGAUGCUCCUUUUUAAGCCCCUCUCCCAUCUCCCUCACCCGUUAGCAUCCUGGAAGAUCAAGUAAAAUUAUUCUUAGCUACUCCUCCUGCAGCAG